AUGACCGUCACUGCUGCCCCCACCGCCUCUACCCACUCGACCUUCCGGUACCUGGACCCCAAGAGCGUCCAGCCGGGCAAGAAGCUCUGGUCCAAGGUCGACACUGGAGGUUACGCCGGUUUUGGACGUGUCAUCCUUGACCGUCCCGUGUACAACGCGCGCGACAACGCCGCCGACUUCCGGGACGUCGACCGCACCGGCUUUGCCUUCCACGAGUACCCGUCCGCGAUCCCCGGUGACCGCGUGUUGGCGGAUGGACCCGAGGUCCGCGGCGCGUACUAUGCCGAAGUGGAGGCUGCGCUCCGUGCCAAGCUCUCAACAGGCGACAAGGUCAAGCGCGUGAUCAUCUUCGACCACACAAUCCGUGUGCACGACCCUGCCGCGGCCCGCCAGCCCGUCCAGAGCGUCCAUGUCGACCAGACCCCCGGUGCCGCCGAGACGCGCGUGAGGCGGCACGCCGGUGCCGACGCCGACGAGCUCCUCAAGGGACGGUACCAGCUCAUCAACGUCUGGCGCCCGCUCGAGCACGCCUCGUCCGAUUUCCCUCUCGGCGUCAUCGACUGGCGUACAGCCAAGAACGCCGACCUCGUGCCCACCGACCUCAUGUACCCCGUGCGUGAACCCGGAGACGACGGUGACGACCGCGGAAAGGAACGUCUUCCCGACCCCAACACGUUCGACAGCCUGGAGGGCUACCGCAUCGGCGGCGAGACGUACAAUGUCCUCCCCAACGACACGCACCGCUUCUACUAUGUCAAGGACAUGCAGCCCGAGGAGGUCAUGUUCAUCAAGUGCUUUGACUCGCAUAGCGAGGACAAUGGCGGUCCCGAGGGCCUGGCCGGUUUCACCCCGCACACGGCGUUCAUCGACCCCAAGACUCCCGCGGACGCCAAGCCCCGCCAGAGUAUCGAGGUUCGCUGCCUCGUCUUUUACGAUUAA